AGUGUGAGCUCUCAGUUGGGUCUCAUCAUUUGGAGGCGAUGAAUUGUUGAAACGAGAACACAGCAACGAGCAGUGCAUAUUAUCGCCAGCAAUUCCAAUUCGCUUUUUUUUUCCUCCAACACACAUACACAUAUUUCUCUCUCUUACUUUUUUGUUUGUCACCUCAACACUAAAUCAAAUUAAAGUCAGUUUAACAGCAGUUGAUCGAAAAAAAAGAAGAAGAAAAGAAUUCUUUCGCAUCAUCAUCGCCGUCGAAGUCAUCGUUGAAUUGAAUUGAGAGUGAGAGUUAGUGAGCCCAGAAUUACAGUGUAAAAUUCAUAGUGUUAUUUGAUACGCUCGAUUCAGUAGUGAGGAAGGACAGCGCUAGUAGGAAUAAAUGUACGAAACUCAUUUCAAUAAAACAAUAGAAAACAAUUUACACGCGCGCUACUCGUGUGGUUGGCUUUGAAUAAAAAGGCAAAAACAUUUUUUUUAAUACCAGUACACAUACAUUGAUAGCUUGUGAAAACACACAAACGUAAAGAGUGAUAGUUUUUUUUAUUUACAGACAGUGUGUUUGUGAGUAAAUCAAGUGCUUGUGUGUAUGUACAAGACUUGCAUUGUGAUGCGAAUUUCAUCAGUCGAUUUGGAAUUGUUGUUGAUUUUAUUCGCCGUUUAGUGUUCGAGUCGGUAUUUCGGAAGCUUCAUUUUGCACACACUCGUAGAGAAAUAGAGAAAGAAAGAAAGAGCACGCUACGUGUACAUACACACUACAGCUGUUUGAACGAAUUGUGUUGCUUUGGUUGUGUGGAACAGAGACCGACUGAUCGACCGUCAAUCGUACAAGCAGAGACAUAGAACGGCUAAGUAACAACAACAACAGCAAAAAAUAGUGCACAGAGUGUACGGAUAUUAUUUUACUCUCUCGUGUCAUCCACAAAUUUACUGUGUGCUACUUCAAUAUAUUUCAACAAAACCAGGAAAAAAAAUAAUAGUGGCAAAGAGACAAACAACAAUCAACGCAACGACAAGACAGCACACAUUAUAAAUGUGAACAAAAAAUAAUUGUUUCGUUUGACACUGAAAAUUACGGUUUUUCAAGGAGUUUCAAUACUACAUUGUGAGCUGAGAUAAGUGAAUAAAUUUUUUGCUUUAAAAUGGAUCAUUUGGCCGAUCGACACUUUGAGAAUUAUUCGCAUGAAGAUGCCGAAGAGGAGCGUCGCAAUUUUCUAUCGGUUUUGAAGGCAUUCCGAUACUAUAGAACUCACAGCAUGAAUCGUGUAGAUAAAACCGAAUCUUAUCUAAGCACCUUACCAUUAGCUCAUCAAGGUAUGAUGCUCAAAUAUCGUGAUCAUCUAUUUCGAAUUCGAAAUUGUAUAGAUGAGAAUUUUCAAAUAAUUCGAAAAUUGGUGGAAGACGUUGGAAAUUUGUUUGAGAAUGCAAAUCAAGCGAUGGUACCCAAAUCACACAACAAUCGCUACGAAGAUGACGAUAUUCGUGUUCGAUUGCAAGAUAUGGACAAGGUCCAAGUGACUCUUAAGCAAUUUGCACGCGAUUGGAGUGCAGACGGAGAAGAGGAGCGGCAACAAUGUUAUGCCCCAAUCAUAAACGAAAUCGAAAAAUUCUAUAAUGCCGAUAAAAUUGACAUCAGCAAGAUUCGUAUUUUGGUUCCCGGUGCAGGCCUCGGUCGGUUGACAUACGAACUGGCGUACAGGGGAUAUUAUUGUGAAGGGAAUGAGUUUAGCCUAUUUAUGUUGGUAGCCAGCAAUUUUGUGCUCAAUAAAUGCAUUGUUGAAAAUCAAUACACGAUUUAUCCGUACGUUCAUCAGUAUGUGAAUAAUUUACAUCGCAAAGAUCAGGUAAUACCGGUUCAAUUUCCCGAUGUAAGUCCGACCAAGGCAAAGCCAAAAGGCGGAUUCAAUAUGGUGGCCGGUGAUUUUCUGCAGGUGUAUAAUACAUCGAAUUAUUGGGAUUGUGUUGCCACGUGUUUUUUCAUAGAUUGCGCAAAUAAUAUUAUAGAGUUCGUUGAGACCAUUUAUAAGAUUUUACGACCGGGUGCAAUUUGGGUAAAUUUAGGCCCAUUGUUGUAUCAUUAUUCUGAUGUUUCGGGCGAGGGAAGCAUUGAACCAUCAUACGAAGACCUGCUUUUGAUAAUCCGUGGCGUUGGAUUUACAAUUUUGAAAAAUGAGACAGGCAUGAAGACAAAAUAUGCUCAAAAUCCACGUUCAAUGCAACAAAGCGAAUAUUUAAGCGUAUUUUUUGUGUGUCAAAAACCAAUAUUAAUGGACGAUGAGUACCACAAUGGUAAUGACAAACCGAACGAUUUAAAUGGACACGGACAUCAUUAGGCGCUUGAUCAAUAAAAAUCAAACGUCAAUGUGAGCAAUCACCAAAUAAAAAACAGAAAAAAUAAAAAAAAUAAAAACUGAUAAAUGACAUACAAAUGUGUUAAAAUAAUGAUUUCAUAUUGAAAACUAACCCAAUUUCAUUCUUAAGUAUUGUAGUUGAGUAGAAAUCGAAGAGAGUUUAGAAAUUUAAAAACAAAUUAGAAAGUGUCAUCUUUUUUUGUACCAGACCCGCGGGAUUAGAUUGUAAUGCCAGUAGAUUUAGACAGAAACAUAAAAUAACAAAUUUCGAUAUUAGGCAGAAAAAUUCUUAUUCGAAAUAAGAAAAUUAUAAUUUGAAUUAAAAAACAAAUAAGUAUAUAUAGUCGUUUCGGCUUCCACCAAAAUGAACAUUCAGGGAAAUGAAGAAAAACACUCAAAAUUGUUGUUAAGCAUUAACCAUUUUUUUAUAUAUAAAUUUUUUUUUCAUUUAAAUUGUUUUAAUAUGUA